AUGGGUUCGAUCACACAUGAAGCAUCGUCAGAUGCCACGGUCCAAACCAUCCCUCUUGGGUUAUACUUGUGGACUCGAAUUCGCCAGCAAGGUACGCAAAGUAUUAUGGGGGUUCCCGGCGACAUGAAUCUGGAACUUUUGGACUACAUCAAAUCCGUCCCAGAGCUGAAAUGGAUUGGCAACACGAACGAACUGAAUGCAGCAUACGCUGCUGAUGGGUACGCUCGUACCAAAGGCUGCCCAGGCGCCAUCACAACGACCAUGGGUGUAGGCGAGAUGAGUGCCCUUAAUGGCAUAGCAGGUGCCUACACGGAACAAGUAAAAGUGAUUCACGUGGUGGGAACCACUGGCACUGAACUCCAACAAAAACGAGCAAUGAUCCAUCACUGUCUGGGAUCAAAUCCUGACCAUAGAGUAUUUGACAAUAUCUCCAGCCACGUCAGGUGUGCGCACGCAUGGAUUGAUAACCAGGAUACUGCAGCAGCUGAAAUAGAUCGAGUGAUUCGGGAAUGCUGGCUGAAAUCCAUGCCUGUGUACAUAUUUGUGCCGAUGGACUUUGUACACAUUCAUGUGCCUGCUCGCCAUCUAGAGCAGAGUAUCGAUCUAUCAUAUCCCGUAAAUUUGGCAAACGAAGCCCGAGCUGUUCAAGAAAUCGUGAAUGCGGUCACCUGUGCCGAGAAACCACUUGUCCUCGUUGACGGCUUGACCUCACGGCACGCCGCGAGCAAACAGGCGAAAGAGUUGGUAAAUCUUCUCAAUCUCCCUGUCUUUACCGCUCCAAUGGGCAAAGGUAUCAUUGAUGAGACUCUGCCAGUCUGGUGUGGUAUUUACGCCGGAGAGGUCUCUUUGCCUGGUAUCAAGCAGUACGUAGAACAAAGCGACUGCAUCAUCAACCUUGGUCCUUUCCUCUCCGACAGCAAUACCGGAGGUCACACAAGACAGAUCUUUGAUCACCAAGCUAUUAUGCUUGAACCAGAUAGUUGCACGGUUAUGGGCCAGAAGUUCGACCAAGUUUAUCUCCGACCCCUGUUGACGCAGCUGCUGUCUGCUUUCAAGAAAGUGGAUAUCCCCUCCGUUGAACGGCCAGCCUUUCCAUGCGAGGAACCAUCGGCGGACGCUGCUUUUCCUGAGAUCACGCAAUCGUGGAUCUGGAAGCGAUUUGGACAAUUCACCAGACCAGGAGAUAUUGUGAUCGUUGAAUCCGGCACUGCUCAAUUCGGCUUUCCCGACGCGGUCUUGCGAAACGAUAUCAAGUACAUUACCCAAGUCUACUUUGGUAGUAUAGGCUAUUCUGUUGGUUCGUGUUUGGGUGCGGCCUUGGCGCAAUCUGAGAUACAGGCCCAAGGUGGCAUGCCGAAUGGACGCACAAUUCUGAUUGUGGGUGAUGGAAGCUUGCAGCUAACUGUCCAGGAGAUAGCAACUAUGCUCCGCCACCAGCUAUCACCAUUGCUAUUUAUUAUAAACAACAAUGGUUUUGCCAUAGAGCGAGCUAUCCACGGACCAGAGGAAGAAUACAACAAUAUUUCCCCGUGGCGUCACCAGCUACUGCUUGAAACCUUCGGCGCCAGGAACGGUCGAGCCAACAGCCGAGAGGUUAAGACCAAAAAAGAAAUGGAGAUGGUGCUUGAUUCAGAGGAUUAUACAAAACCCAGGGAAAUUCAGUUGCUUGAGGUUUUCAUGGCAACAUACGAUUACCCCUGGCGUCUUACGAAACAGAUAGGUCUGAUUAAUGCUCGCGUCGCCGCAAAGAAGAUAUAG